UAUAAAGACAACUUCUCACUUUCUCGCGGACGGGGGAGUUAUGAAGGUGAUAAAUCCUCGCAAAUCGGGCAGUUAUAUAACUAAACACUUUUGUGAUCACGUAGUGAAAGGCAUGCCGUUAUCUUAAUUGAAGAUCAUGCUGGUGCUGCGCUUUCACUGUUUGCUUCGAUAACACUGAACACCUAAGUGAUCCAGACAUCCAUUCGGCCAAGUCAUGGACAAAGGAUGGUUCAUUGGAAUGGAAAGGAUUUUGCCCUCGAAAUCAGAUCCACCGCCUGCUGGCUCCUUCAGCACGACUGGAAGACCCUCCCUGACUGUCAACCUGACUAAAAUGCUCCAGGCCAGCAGCUCAAAUGCCGAGAAGAAACCAGUUCCAAUUCGUCCUCCAAGUCCAAAAGUAUCUGCGCCAAAAGCACCGGAGUUUCGCCGAAGCCUAUCCUGUGAACCUCCUCCAAAGCCCAUCAUCCGGUAUCGGUCCUACUCCCUUCCACCACCAAAACAAAAAAAGCACUGCAAACAUGUUGGCGUUCGAUUUGUCGAUUCUUUGGGGCUCAACCUUGAAGAUAUUAAACUUUUUAAAGCUGGAGAUGAACCACUUAUCCCACAUCAUGUUACCUUUAAACUACUGAUGGCAGCAGAGAUGGCAGAUGGACGGCAUUUGGAGAUCUCCCUACCAUACCUGAAGCCGAUUUUUAACCAGCACCCUGGCGACCGUCCUGAAUUCCUUCAUUGCCUCCACACUCAAAAAGUGUGUCUCGAAAGAGUUUUUUGUUUUGAACUUGGCAUCAUCGGAAUCACCCAGGUGCUCAAUCUGGACUUUGCGAAAGAUGUCAGAGUUCGCUAUUCAUUCACAGACUGGAAGAGCUUCGCUGAAACAAAAGCCUCGUGGGUCUCCACCAUCACCAAGACUUGGGAAGGAGGAGGAGGUGAAUUCAGCUGUGAUACGUUUCGCUUCCAUCUCCCUGUUCCUCCGUUUCUGCAGCCGGGUGCAGUGCUAGAGUUUGCCAUACAAUACAGAGUUUCUGGAAUGGAAUAUUGGGACAACAAUUUUGGAGAGAAUUAUAAAUUAGUGUGUCAUAACUACAAGCUUGCUGUACCUAAAGAGUGCCAAGACAGCAUGGUGCACUUUGUUUAAGACUCUAAUAAUGCACAGUUAAGAGCACUUUUUAACCUGCAUUUUGACAUUGUUGGUUGUGUUAAAGACAAUGCAAGUUUGUUUUCUCAUGUUUUUGGUAACAUAUAUAAAGUGCACUUAAAUCUCAAGCCAGCUAGAAUUCCUAAAUGAAUUGCACCUUUAUCGUUCAUCUUACUGACUGACCUUUUUUAUAUCACCGCACUUUAGGGCAGUUUGUAAAUGUACGUCAGCAUUGAAAAUUAUAGGUGUAUUUUUGACACAAAUGUUAUUGAUAAGUCUGGGUUUUUCCUUGUUUAUAUUUCAAAUAAAUACUU